AUGGGCACAGAACCUGUACAAGGGACAGCAGAUUUAUCCAAGAUUGAAGCGCCAAUUACAUGGAAAGCAUAUCUUAUUUGUGUCUCUGCAGCCUUUGGUGGCAUUUUCUUCGGCUAUGACAUUGGGUGGAUGUCCGGUGUCUUGGGCAUGCCGUAUUUCAUUGAGCAACACACUGGGGUGCAGUAUGACUUUGACGCCGGCGUCCCCGUUGACAAUUCCCAGCCCUUUGCUAUCUCUUCUAGAGAUAAGUCACUUAUGACCUCCAUUUUGUCGCUUGGAACAUUCCUCGGAGCGCUUAUUGCGGGCGAUUGUGCCGACCUGAUAGGUCGCCGCCUAACGAUCGUCAUGGGCUGUGGCAUCUUCUCUAUCGGCGUUAUUCUCCAGAUCUCCGGCAACGGGCAGCUUGUUUUGAUGACUCUGGGACGCCUGAUCGCUGGAUUGGGUGUCGGCUUUGAGUCUGCCGUCAUCAUUUUAUACAUGUCCGAGGUGGCACCCAAAAAGAUCCGUGGUGCUGUUGUAUCAGCGUAUCAGUUCUUCAUCACAAUUGGUCUCUUGCUCGCCAACUGUGUUGUAUACGCUACCCAAAACAGACCUGAUUCGGGAUCCUAUCGCAUUCCUAUUGGGGUCCAAUUUCUGUGGGCAGUUGUCCUGGCCGCCGCACUUGCAUUACUUCCUGAAUCGCCACGAUACUUGGUGAGAAAGGGUAACAUCGAAGCGGCCACAAAAGCGCUGUGCUACGUCCGCGGGCAGCCUGCAGAAUCCGAAUACAUCAGAGACGAACUUGCGGAGAUUCUAGCGAAUUUUGAAUAUGAGUCUGCCAUGAUUCCAAACCAAGGAUACGUCCAGUCAUGGCUCGUUUGUUUCAAAGGGCCCAUCUCCAAGCCAAGUUCUAACAUAAGAAGAACUAUAGUUGGAGCUGGAAUCCAAGCUACUCAGCAACUAUCUGGGAUGAACUUCGUUUUUUACUUUGGCACCACGUUCUUUCAACAACUGGGCACAAUUUCCAACCCCUUUCUCAUAUCCUUGAUUACAACACUGGUCAACGUGCUUACGACACCUCUGGCAUUCUGGACCAUCGAGCGCUUUGGACGUCGGCCCUUGCUGAUUUAUGGCGGCCUUGGCCUAUUUGUCACACAGUUCAUCAUCGCUGCCGUCGGCACCGCCCAACCCAAUAACGAGGUGGCAGUUAAAGGAAUGAUUGCGGUCAUCUGCUUCCAAAUUUUCUUCUUCGCGACCACCUGGGGGCCGGCUGCUUGGGUCGUUGUGGGUGAAGUCUUUCCGUUACCAAUUCGCUCCCGCGGGGUGGCCAUAUCAACCGCAUCCUGUUGGUUUUGGAAUUGCGUUUUGGCGGUCAUUGCGCCAUACAUGACGGGAGAUGAAAAGGGUGCGGUUAACUUGGGGCCUAAAAUCUUUUUCUUCUGGGGUUCUCUCUGCUUCCUAAACACCUUGUUUGCAUAUUUCUUGGUUCCUGAGAUGAAGGGUCUAUCAUUGGAGCAGGUCGAUCAAAUGCUGGCGGAAACAACUCCUCGAAAUAGUGCAAAAUGGGUCCCAACCACAACCUUUGCAGCCGAGAUGGGCCACUUGCAGAAGCAGAGGAGUGUCUGUAGUGAGACUGUACGGGAGACAGUAGUGUGA